GAAACGGAUCCCAUUCCCACAUAUUCUGGAGUUCCUAAGAAGAAAGAGGUUUGUGUUUGUAAUUCGUGGUCGAGUGACGAAUACCAGUCGGAAGCGACCAAUACGUCCAGACAUCACAAAGCGAACCGCAAUAGGAAUGAACCGUACGAUGCGUUGAGUACCGGGAGAUCACUAUACCAUCAGCCGAGAAGACGCGCCGACACUAAAAAUUAUUGUCCGAAAGGACUGUCAGAUACUGAGAGCAUAUCAAAUGAGAGACAACUGAAGAGUCCGGCGUCUAAUCAUAAGCGCUCCCACAGUAAUAGUAGUCAACGAACAGUCGAUAGUGGAAAGGACUCUGCGGUGAACAGCCCAUCCCUGUCCAGUUCCUGCUGUACUGAACCCUUCUUCCUACACGAACCGCAUAUGACUUCAAACGAUAGGGUAAAGCAGUUGUUUGAAAAAGAGAAGAGAAAUGGAGCUCUCGUUUCGAGGAUUAAAGAGGAAUAUGUUCUCAAUUCCAAGAAUAACAAGCAUUUGGUGACGGCAGAAAUACACCAAAUAUCUGAUGAUUGUAUGAGUCUUUCGGAGUCUAGUGAUCCGAUCCCUGACUAUGACGUCGAUGAACCCCAGAGUAAGACAUUGACGAUGGGUUCAGACGAUACGGUCAGUCCAAACGGACAUGGAUUUGGAGUGUCGUCCAUAUCGUCGUCAGAGGUCUGCAGCACCAGUACUGAUGAGGGUAUAUAUCAAGAGGUUGAGGACGAGUUGACUGAGGAUGAGAGCUCAGGUCGACUCAAUUGUAGGCCAUUGGGAUUGAAUGAGAAUAACGACCACCAAAGCAAACCCAUACCCGUGCCGUCGAUAGGCUGUGCCAAUAAUGAACUGAAGCGUCAAAAAAGUGCUGUUCUUUGCAGUGAAGAAGUCAAAGAAGAAAAGAGAGACAACUCGAGCGAAACGUUAUGUGAAACGAAUAAGUCGUUAGAAAAUAAACGAUUAAUUAAUGAAACAGUUUCUCAUAAAAGCAAAACAGAUUUAGACCACAAUUCACAGCCAAAUGACAACAAUAUAGUCCCUCAGGGCCUACCGCCUCCACCUCCGCCGCCACCCCCACCGCCACCCAUUGCCACGCCAUACGUGUCUGCAAAUGAAGACUCAGAUAAGAAAUCCGAGAGAACGACCCGAUACGAGAAGUUUUCGGGUAAAAAGUCUAAACUACCGGCGCUUCCAUUCAUUCCGCCGCAGUUCGCGUCGCCUCCAGACAGUGACAUAAAUAUCCGUCCGUCGGAGUACUUGAAACACGUGGCCAACAGGACAGUGUCGGCCUUUCCUGUUCCCAAAUACGGGUAUUUGAAUCAACAAAACAAAUACUACGGAACUGAACGCAAAAUACAAAGAAGUGUUUCCGAGAAUCACUUGUAUGUCAAUAACGAUUACGAGAGUAUUAAAGGAAUUUCGGACAACAGUGACAAUGAAGACGAUGAUGACAUCAAAUCGACGACAACUGAUAUCUAUGGAUCAGAUUCUAAUGUCAGCGAAACUAAAUCAGUGGCUAAGAGUGAACCGACGACCUUCUCGGCGAAGAGUACGUUGUCGUCUGCGGUGUCGACCAUAUCUUCGGUUACAUUCAGUGUCACCAAAGAAGAGCUCCAAAAAGUGUCGCUCAAGAAGACGGAGAAGCCAUCGAACGAGAGGGCAGUCCUUCUCAGGAAAAAUGAUUUAAUAGAAGAACUGAAGGCAACCAAAGAUUUGGACGGAAUUAAGAAAGUGAAGGAACAGAAGAAGAAUAAAAAUGAGGUGAAGGAGAAGAUGGCAGAAAUUGCUGGCAAUUAUAUGACAGAGAAUUUUAUCGCUAAGAUCCCAGAAACGGACGCAAAGGGGGCACCAAUUCCUCAGUGGAAGCGGCAAAUGUUAGCCAAAAAAGCGGCCGAAAAGGCAAAGAAAGAGGCAGAGGAAGAGGUGGUGCGAGAGGUGGAAGAGAAGAGAGUGAACGCCAUUCCGGAGUGGAAAAAGUUGUUGAAAAAGAAAGAAGACGUUAUCACAGCGUCUCCUAAAUAUAUAAAGUAA